UAGCUGGACGCCUACCAAGGUUGUUGUUUCGUAACAUUUUAUACAAGAAAAGCUGCACUUGAAGCCCAGAAUGCACUGCACAAUAUUAAAACUUUACCUGGGAUGCAUCAUCCCAUUCAGAUGAAACCUGCCGAUAGCGAAAAGUCGAACGCUGUGGAAGACAGAAAAUUGUUCAUAGGAAUGGUUUCGAAGAAAUGUAAUGAGAAUGAUAUCAGGGUGAUGUUUUCUCCAUUUGGCCAGAUAGAAGAAUGCCGGAUUCUCCGGGGACCUGACGGGCUGAGUCGAGGCUGUGCGUUUGUCACAUUUUCUACAAGGGCAAUGGCACAGAAUGCAAUCAAAGCCAUGCAUCAGUCUCAGACCAUGGAGGGCUGCUCUUCACCGAUCGUGGUGAAGUUCGCUGACACUCAGAAGGACAAAGAACAAAGGCGCCUCCAGCAGCAGCUGGCACAGCAGAUGCAGCAGCUCAACACUGCCACCUGGGGGAACCUGACAGGUCUGGGCGGACUUACCCCGCAGUACCUGGCGCUCCUGCAGCAGGCCACCUCCUCCAGCAACCUGGGUGCAUUCAGUGGCAUUCAGCAAAUGGCAGGCAUGAAUGCUUUACAGUUACAGAAUCUGGCAACACUGGCAGCAGCUGCAGCCGCGGCCCAGACCUCAGCCACCACCACCAAUGCAAACCCUCUCUCAACAACCAACAGCGCCCUGGGAGCCCUCACGAGUCCCGUGGCAGCUUCAACCCCCAAUUCCACUGCUGGUGCAGCCAUGAAUUCCUUGACCUCCCUUGGGACUCUGCAAGGAUUGGCUGGAGCCACUGUCGGACUGAAUAAUAUUAAUGCACUAGCAGUUGCUCAAAUGCUCUCAGGUAUGGCGGCUCUGAAUGGCGGACUUGGCGCCACGGGCUUGACGAAUGGCACGGCGGGCACCAUGGACGCGCUCACGCAGGCCUACUCAGGAAUCCAGCAGUACGCAGCCGCAGCACUGCCCACUCUGUACAGCCAGAGCUUGCUGCAGCAGCAGAGCGCGGCAGGCAGCCAGAAAGAAGGUCCAGAGGGGGCAAACCUCUUUAUUUACCACCUUCCACAGGAGUUUGGAGACCAGGACAUCCUGCAGAUGUUCAUGCCUUUUGGGAAUGUGAUCUCUGCUAAAGUCUUCAUUGACAAACAGACCAAUCUGAGCAAGUGCUUUGGUUUCGUUAGCUACGACAAUCCUGUCUCGGCACAGGCUGCUAUCCAGGCGAUGAAUGGCUUUCAGAUCGGCAUGAAACGCUUGAAGGUCCAGCUGAAGCGCUCCAAAAAUGACAGCAAACCUUACUGAUCUUAGCCCCUGAGGCUCCCUGCUCUUAUUUAGCUUUCUUAGGGUAAGUCCCACGCGCGCCUGUCCUCAGCAGGGAAGGCACAGGAGGACCACACUUUGCCAACCUUUACCAAGAGAGACGGUGAUUUUUACAAGAAGGCCUCCGUUCCCCUUCUUUCCCCCCCACCCCAAUUCCUCCCACCCAGUUUGCCAUAAUGAAAACUUGGGCUACCUUGUUUUUAUCAAGUAAAUUCCUCCUCCAGUUGUGCUAUUGUAUUUCCCUCUGUUUUGCGAUUUGAAUCUCCUUUGACCUUUUUUGUUGUUGUUGUUUAUUUCGGUUCAUUUCUUUGUAUUCGUUUUUUGUUUUUUAAUUUUUUUCUUUUCUUUUUUUUUUUUUAAGAAAACUUACACAAAUAAAACGUCAUCUCGAGAAUUGAAAAGGAAAACAAAUGCUAAUGUGCAAUUUUAACUCUGAAACCACUGGUGCCCUGAACUCACUGUCUGGGCUGCCCCUGAGCAGGGCACCAGCUGGUGAGAGGUCCCACACGUGGUGGCCCAGUGAGAGAGGCCAGGGGAAGCACAAGGCAAAAUCAACACUCAUCCUUCCACUACAUGGGUUCGUUUUCAUCCCGUCGGAUGUUUAUUUUAGGGAUCAAAGACACAUGCCAUUUACUGGUCAGCUUAUUACACUGGUUGUCUAUUCUGUUGUUGUUUUAUUUUUGUUCUUAGAAGGGAUUCAUGUAAAAAAUAAUAAACAAAAAAAGAUUUAGAGAUCUGUUUCUUAAAGCUACAGGGUUUAAAAAUAAAAUUUAAAACAUGAGUGAGCAUACUUGAUGUUUCUUGAGAGAUAAAUUUAAUAAUAAUAAAUAAUACAUAAAUAAAAAAGAAAGCCACAGGCCUGUAAAUUUUAUUUGUAAAAAAAGCAUUUCUAUUUUUAUACAAAAUUUUUACUGCCUCAGAAAUAAUGGAAGUUAUUUAUUGCCUAUUGUUAACUUAUUGGAUACCUAAAGAGCAGUUCUCUGUGCUAGCUGGGUCCUUUUGAAGUCGUCUUUAGAGGUAUUGUUCUAGGAGGGGGCUUUUUUCACUGCUGAACCCUAGACCCGGGUAAAGUUCAUGCUCUAUCCUCUCGUUGUUUGUACCUGUCUGAUUAUUUUGUUCGUAACUUCCAUGAUCUAGUUUAAAGUCCGGUCGUCUGACUUUCCCCACAUGUGACAUUCGUUGAAACUGGAUCCUCUCCCCUGUUCCCCACCCCAGAGCACCCCGAAUCCAUCCCCCUUGCUCUCUCUGGAUGGAUUCUCCUGGGGUUUCAUUGUGCCGUGGAUAAAGAUUGUAAGAAAUGCAAAUUUAUGUGAAUGGCUCGUAGACUCCCUAAUGACCUAAGAUUUGCAUUAGUUGUUCUUCUGCACCCUUAAAAGUGAUUAUGUUGCUGCUGCAUAGAUCCUGUGUAACUUUGUACUCUUCCUUGUUUUCUUCCUAUAGACAUCUUCAUGCCCGUUAGUUCAUCGUUUGCCUAGCAUGUCCCUGUGGCGUCUCAAAAACAGUUUCAUCGUCCCGUCAUUGUUUCUGAUGUCUUUCUGACCUCACGUCAUAUUUGGUUCUCCUACUGACCUUUGAUCUAGUUUGACCUUUGAAAUUUGCAUGUGACCUCAUCUAGCUAUGAAUUCUGGGAAGUCAAUGUGGAAAACAUUGCUGCAUUCAUGCAAGACUGAAAUUUAUUAUUAGACAAUUAACUAUAGAAAAAAAACCUGUGGCAAAAACGUUGCGUUCUUUUUUUUGCUUUGUUUUCUUCCUUUUUUUCCUUUUUUUUUUUUCCUUUCCUUUCAUAAAACAGACUUGAAAGUAUUAUACAGGGAUUGGCAUUCUUCCCGGUCACUGGUAACAAUAGCAAUAUGUGUCCAGGGACACAGAAUGUUGGUUUCUAACAGACUACUUCCAAAAACAGUUUGAGAAAAAAAAAAAAAAAACUGUCUGAUUUUAAGUCUCUAGAGGUCUGUAAUAGUUUUUACAUUUUUCAGGCAGUGUAAAGUUUUUUGAUAAGGCCAUUUUAGAUGGCUCACUUUCUCAUUAAGAUAUAUAUAUAGAACCACUUUUUGUAGAUUAGUAUAAGAAAAUAUUUACCCUGUUUUGGGGCAAAUGCUACCUAUUUGUGUCACCUUUUGCUGAACUGACUCACAGUUAGACAAUCCAUGGUUUAAUGCACAUGAAAUUACCUAUAUUUUAUACUGUUUCGAUGUACAGGAGAAAGGCUACUGUGUCACGUUGGUGCUUCUGUGAAUUCAGUUGUGGUUUCAUCAUGAGUCUUAUGGUCUUAAUGUUCUUUGUUGAUAAGACGAGUUUAGAAUUGGUUUACUAAAAACAAAAAAGAAUUUCAAAAAAAAAAGUUGUUUGCUUAAAAAAAAAAAAUUUCACGUGAGGGUGGGGGAAAACAAAAAACAAAAACCUAUUCCAGAAUAAGUUUUGUGUUGGCUUGUGAAACAUUGAUGUCAUUUUUUUUUAAUUAUUGUGGACUAUUUAGAUGUGUUUGUGUUCAGCAAAAUGUGAUCUGUUUUUUUUUUUUCUUCUAAAGAAAAAAAAGUGACAAUAUAUAGUGCCAAAUUCCAAAGGUACUUUCCUUCCUAGAGCUUCAGUGUGUUUCUUGUGAGAAGUAAUUUGAUAACAUGGGUAUUUUAUUAUGUGUUUUGUAUAAAUCCCUAAUAUUUAAAAAACAAAAACAAAAAAAAACAACAAAAAAAGAGGUUAAAAAGUUUGUUAACUUGCUAUCCUGUGGUCUUGUUGCCUGAAAUUGUUAUUGUUUGUUAUUUCUCUAUGAUGUUUUUUGUAAGACAUUGUAUAAGUGCCCGUGUCUCACUUUUUUAACCACUCUGCACAUCAACGCUGUGAAGGCAGCCUCACAAUGCGUUUUCUUCAUCAUUUAUGGACGCCUCUAAGGUGGGAAAGUUUUGAACUUUUAACCCUUUCUACCCGGAAUUCUCUGGAAUGUUGACAACUUUUUAUAUUCUCGCCAUUUUAGUUUCUCCAUGUCUUUUCCUUCUCUUUGGGUUGUUUUUACUACCUUUUUUUUUUUUUUUUGUCCUAAGAAGAAUCUUCCUAGGACAAUUCGGAAGGGAGGAAGAUGUAACAGGUUCCAAAUGUUUCCCCCUAAUCUCACUUUUUCUUCCUUUUUUCUCUCUCUUUUUUUUUAAGACUUCUUACUUAAUGUGCUGCUGGCAUUCUUUCUUCAGUUGCAAUAAGACCCUGUUUAUUGGGUGCACCUCUGAGGAGGGCCGUAGGUUGAUUCAGCACUUGAAUAAAUCUUUAAAAACGGUUUGCUUUUGAGAUCACAUUCAGUGGUAUGCUCUAGUUUAGAACAUUUUCAUGAUACCGUACAGGGUAACCGCUCUGGGGUGAGAGUGGGCUUUUGAAGGCUUUUGUUUUGUUUCUUCAAUAUUCCUAAAUGUUUCUAACCAGCCAUGUGCUGGAAAUUCGCAGACCCCACCGGAUCUUUCUGAAUAAGCAAGGUCUCAGGAGGUAGACAGGAGCCAGGAGCCUUUUCCCGGCCUUUUGUUCCUGAUCGAGCACAUCUCAAAGGGACUGACCACGUAAGUCUGUCAUCAGAGUCGUAGAACAGAGUACCCAGCACCAGUCUCUGCUGCCACUUUAUAAAGUGCCAUACUGCCCUGGCCUUUACUUCACUCCAGUCAGCUUUGCCGAGGUCCUGACAACCGGCCAUCAUUCCUGCAGCCCCAGUACAAAUGCGAGCCGUCCUGAGAGCAGGCAGCUUCCCCGUCUCUAACACAGUGCAGAAACGGGGGGCACCCUUUCCUCCUCCCUUCUGCACCACACCACCGUGUAGCAUCCCAUGCGGGGGAGUCGGGGUGGGGGGCUGAUAGCCCUGGGAUGGAAAGGACUAGCCUCUAAUGAUGCAAAAAAAAAAAAAAGUUUCCUUCUUACAGCACGUGCACUUACAACGACAUGAUUUGUAUUUUCCUCACACGUGUUUCUAACUGCGGGGCCUUCCUUGAUCCUUUGAGGGCUAUUUUGUACUUUCUGCAGCUAUCAGCUUAACACAAAAGGUAGCACACAGGUUUCUGUCCUCCAUACCAUGUACAUGUAUGAGGGUCUGGAGGCACAUACAGAGAAAUGCGGGAGAACAUCAUGCGGAUUUCUUAGAAUUUCGUCACCUCGAUGUUGCGUAAAUCUCAACAAAUCUUUCUGCCCACCCCACCCCAUUUUUUUCACUACAGCCAAUGGCCAUCUUGCCUACUUGCCUUUUUUCCUUCAGGCAACCCAAACCAUGACAGUUCGAGGGAAAAGUCUAAGCCCCCCCCCCUUUUUUUUUUUUUUUGGCAUGCUUCACUGUCACAAAGAUAACUCACCUCAGAGACAGCUUGUCCUUGUAUUUGCUUUAUCUUUUAAUAUUAAAAGGGGAGGGGGAAAAAGCUGCCAGGGUGCAAGGCCUGGGCCAGAAGAAGAAAAGACCCACACCAACCAGCCAGGGUUAUCGCUUUUCUCUUUUCUCAUUUUUUUUAAAUCAAGAGUCGCAGACAGUCCUUUCUGCAACUCACUUCAGAGAGUUGUGAGAAUGUGGCAGUACUCAAAGGCGGAACAAGUUCAUCUUUCUGUCACCCUAGGGGUUAGCGUUCUUCUGGCUUGUGCUAUCCAGAAUCAUUUUACUGUUUCUGUUUUUAUGAUCUUAAGUGCUAAUUAACAAGAAGAAAUAAACUU